AGUUUACUUUCACAAUACAUAUUUUUAUAAAUCAAUUUACUUUCAUUAUAAUGAAGCCUGGCCGCGCUCUGCACAGCGAUAUCCAACGCGAAAUCAGCGAGAUAGAUGAUCUUGUUCCCUUAAAGUUUCAAGCACAAUGGGAGGCUAGCUCGUCGGAUUUCAUAAAUAACCGUAUACUUGACGAGCACAUAACUGAUACUCCUGAUAUUUAUUUUUCGCCGUCAACCCAACAAAUGCUGAGCUUCUGGCAGUUUAACAGCAGCGACAAAUUCCCCAGCACCAAGCCCGUGCAAGAGACCACACUUCUCACACUGCUAGAUAACACCGGUGCAGAGCUGGUUUUACAUAUGAUGUCACUGACGCCACGAGCAAAAACUCAUCUUGGAUUCACCGUGAACCUAAACGUCGCCAGAAAGGGCUUCUCGCCAGCCGCCAGACUUUUUUACUUCAAGCUUCAGGUCGUCUAUGAUGCCAAUUGCAAGUUUGUCCUUAAAUGCCCGAUUUAUGAUGCAGAGACCGCUAAGCUGCUGCUUGUUGCCCGUAUGAUAUUCGUAUUUGUGCCGAUGGCAAAAAUGCCCAAGCAAAUUGAAGUGGCCAAAGCUUCCAGCUCUGACAAUUCCCAAAUUCGGUUGCCGCAGAUCGAUGCGCCCGACGUACAAGCUCUCGACAACAAUAAUCUCCUUGCACUCAGCCAAGUUAUGAACUGUUUGCCCCUUGAUAUUGCGGAUCACAAGGCUGGUUUGUUGAGCAUGGCGCAGCGGCGAAUGGCUGCAAUAAUUGACUUUGGCGAGAACAUUGCUGGGCCAAAGUAUUACAUACAUGGUGGCGUUUUAGCAACUGUAUUGUGCAAUGCCUCUUCGUUCCUGCUAACCAAAAUUACUGGCGUCAGUAUGAUGCAUGUGGCUACCACUAUCUGGAACAUCAACUAUCGCAAGGGCAUACGUGUGGCCAGCAAGGGCGUCGUUGUUGAUGCAGUUGUCGAGGAGCCAAACAGCAAGGGCGAGAUCAUUAUAAUGACCAAGCUCGUUAAUGGAAAUGAUAUUUGCACGACUCUCGAGACAACAGUAACCUUGCCGAAGCUGAAUACAAAGCUGUAAUAAUGUCGUCAUUUCGGCACUGCGCAUCAGCAAUAUAUCAAGAUAUUGAUCAGUAAACCUUAUUAAUAAAUUUAUCAUAUUGCCAUA